UUUACGUUGAACGAGCCAGCUUUCUGUACUGAAAACAUCGAAUAAUAUGUCCGGGAAUACGUUUGUCACAGCAAUGUCAUUACCUUUAACAAGACGGGCAGUGAAAAUCUGAAAUAUCACGAGCGGGGGCAACAGUGAAAUUGAGUUACAUCGUCGGAUCUCAUGUGAUCGGCGGCGGCUUGCUUGGUUCUAGACGGUGCAGAACGGGCACUUUUCGGCUGUUCGGAGGCCUCUUUCCCCCUGUCCAUCGAAAAUCCGAAUUUCGUUUCGGCCUGGUGAUCUCAGUUUAUUUUCCAGUGUGUCAUAGUGCAAAUGAAGAUGGAUACAGACAAGUUUAACUAUGUUUAUAGCUGUGACAUGGACAUAAAUGUACAGCUAAAAAUCGGUAGUCUGGAAGGAAAGCGGGAACAGAAGAGCUACAAGGCCCUGCUCCAGGACCCCAUGCUGCGUUUCUCCGGCUUAUACCAGGAGAGCUGUUCCGACCUGUAUGUCACGUGCCAGGUCUUUGCAGAAGGCAAGCCACUGGCCUUGCCCGUGCGCACGUCGUACAAGGCCUUCAGCACGCGCUGGAACUGGAACGAGUGGUUGCGACUGCCGGUGAAGUAUCCCGACCUACCGCAGAGCGCGCAGGUCGCCUUGACUGUUUGGGAUGUGUAUGGACCAGGUCAAGCCACGCCUGUGGGCGGAACCACCGUCACCUUGUUCGGAAAAUACGGCAUGUUCCGACAGGGUAUGCACGAUCUGAAGGUGUGGCCGGGGGUGGAGGGGGAUGGGGGGGAGCCCACCACCACGCCAGGCCGAACCAGCAGCAGCCUGGCAGAGGACCAGAUGGGGAGACUGGCCAAGGGCCCAGACCUGGAGCUGCUCAGCGAUCUGACUAAGGCACACCGGCAAGGUCACAUGGUGAAGGUUGACUGGCUGGACCGUCUGACUUUCCGUGAGAUCGAGAUGAUCAACGAGAGUGAGAAGCGUAGCUCCAACUUCAUGUACUUAAUGGUGGAGUUUCCGCGAGUCAAGACUGGAGAAAAGGAGUACAGCAUUGUCUACUAUGAGAAGGAUGGAGACGAGUCUUCUCCCCUGCUCACGAGCUGUGAAAUCGUCAAAGUGCCUGACCCGCAGAUGUGCAUGGAGAACCUGGUGGAGAGUAAACAUCACAAGCUGGCCCGUAGUCUGCGUAGUGGGCCCUCUGACCACGACCUCAAACCCAACGCAGCCACGCGGGACCAGCUCAAUAUCAUUGUGAGUUACCCACCCACCAAGCAGCUGAGCUCAGAGGAGCAGGACCUGGUCUGGAAGUUCCGUUACUACCUGACGACGCAGGAGAAGGCCCUGACUAAGUUUCUGAAGUGUGUGAACUGGGCGCUGCCUCAGGAGGCCAAGCAGGCCCUGGAGCUGCUGGGGAAGUGGAGGCCCAUGGACGUGGAGGACUCCCUAGAGCUGCUCUCCUCCCAGUUCACCAACCCCACCGUGCGGCGCUACGCCGUGGCCCGGCUGCAACAGGCCGACGAUGAGGACCUGCUGAUGUACCUGCUGCAGCUGGUCCAGGCCCUGAAGUAUGAGAACUUCAACGACAUCCAGGGAGGGCUGGAGCCAGGGGGCAAGAGGGACUGCCAAGGCCUGGGAGAGAGCUCCACUCUGGGGGAUAUAGACAGCUCUCAGUUGCUGGCAGGCCCACCAGCACCGUCCAGCACCAGCACCUCAAAAGGAAAAGAGACCGCAGACAACGAGAGCCUGGAGCAGGACCUGUGUACCUUCCUCAUCUCACGUGCCUGCAAGAACUCCACACUGGCCAACUACCUGUACUGGUAUGUGAUCGUGGAAUGUGAAGACCAGGACACUCAGCAGAGAGACCCUAAGACACACGACAUGUACCUGAACGUGAUGAGGAGGUUCAGCCAGGCCCUGCUGAAGAGUGCUCUCAUGCCUGCCAAACUGAUCUUCAAAGCAGAAGACGGAGGUCUGUAUACCGUCAUAUUCAAGCAUGGAGAUGACCUAAGACAGGACCAGCUCAUCCUGCAGAUCAUCUCACUCAUGGACAAGCUUCUGAGGAAGGAGAACCUGGACCUGAAGCUGACUCCGUAUAAAGUUCUGGCCACCAGCACCAAGCACGGGUUCAUGCAGUUUAUCCAGUCAGUUCCUGUAGCUGAGGUUCUCGCCACAGAGGGAAAUAUCCAGAGCUUCUUCAGGAAACACGCCCCCAAUGACAAGGGCCCCUAUGGUAUCAGCUCUGAGGUGAUGGACACCUAUGUCAAGAGUUGCGCUGGAUACUGCGUCAUCACCUACAUCCUGGGAGUGGGGGACCGGCACCUGGACAACCUGCUGCUCACAAAGACAGGGAAGCUGUUCCAUGUUGAUUUUGGGUACAUCCUGGGGCGGGAUCCCAAGCCUCUGCCGCCCCCCAUGAAGCUGAGUAAAGAGAUGGUGGAGGGCAUGGGCGGCAUGCAGAGCGAGCAGUACCAGGAGUUCCGCAAACAGUGCUACACCGCCUUCCUACACCUGCGCAGGUACUCCAACCUCAUCCUGAACCUGUUCUCUCUCAUGGUGGAUGCCAACAUUCCCGACAUCGCGCUGGAGCCAGACAAGACCGUAAAGAAGGUGCAGGACAAGUUCCGGCUGGACCUGUCGGACGAGGAGGCGGUGCACUACAUGCAGAGUCUCAUUGACGAGAGCGUGGGGGCGCUGUUCGCUGCCGUGGUGGAGCAGAUACACAAGUUCGCCCAGUACUGGCGGAGGUGAGGAGGCCAUGUUUAAGCACUGUGGACUGAAGUACUGAUGGACUGAGGGACAGAACUCCCCCUCUUUUCCUCCCGACACUGGGGGUGGUGGGGAGGGGGGGGAGGCGGGCACGAGAGGGGAGCCACAGAGCUGGACUCAUGAGCCAUGAACCUGUUCGCCUGCUGCCAAAGGUGCAGGUGGCAAACGCAAGCGUGGCGGAAGCUCUCAGUGGAUUUCAACGCUAAAAACGCCGUUCAGUGUAUUUAUCCCUGCUUUCACCCAGCAUAUGGGACUCAGACCCCACUGUACCCAUCAUGGCCAAAUAAAGAGGAGGACGAAAACGUG